AUGGACACAGCGACGUCGUCCAUCGACGCAUCUGUACCUCCACUUAAACCCUCCUUUGAUCCCACGAAUCCCCAAGCCGAGUCCUCUCGCCUGAAACAGGUGAUCGAGCAUCUUGGUCUACAACCUCACAUCGAAGGCGGGUACUUUGUGGAGACAGACCGUGAUACGCUUCGAGUACCCAAUCCUUUCCUGGAACAAGGCACAGCACAGGGGUCGAACGAUGAUGCCGAGAAAGCGACUCGGAGCGCAAGCACAACGAUCCACUACCUGCUCACCCCAAUAUCUUCACUUGGAGCUUUUCACCGUAAUAGAGGCCGGACAGUCCACACCCUGCAUCAGGGACGAGGCCGUUAUGUGAUCAUUCAUGCGGAUGAAGUGGCUGCACCUUCCUGCCCAAAGGGCUAUGACAGCGAUGAUGUGUUAGAAGAGCAGCGCUGGCAGGGGAAGGCGAAGAUAGAGACGUUCAUUGUUGGACAGGAUGUUCUCAAGGGGGAGAAGCUGCAAUGGAUAGUUGACGGGGGAAAGUAUAAAACUUCUUUCCUUCUCCCAGACGAAGAGGGAGGAGAUGCCAGCGAGGGGCUCCUGAUUAGCGAGACUGUAGUACCUGGUUUCGAGUACGAAGAUCAUGACUUUAUGAAGGCAGAGAGGAUGACGGCGCUUGUGACGAAAGAGCAGGCAGAGGAGAUGUGGUGGAUGUUGAGGAAAGUGUAG